AUGGAUUAUAUUACGGAAUUUGAGACAAAUAAAUUCUUUCUUAUUUUAUCUGCUCAUGUUGGUGAACAAAUCAUUCCUCUUAUUGAUCAAUGCUGUCAGAUCGAAUCAAUUUAUAUUUACUUAGGAAGUGAAAUGAAAUCUGUUCCAGAGACUGAGUUCUAUGGAAAAGUCUCUGGUAUUUUCGUCGAUAUUGAUUCUAUUUGUGAACAGCUGAAUAUUGACGCUCGACGAUGUUCGAAUAAUCUACUAUCGAUGUCAUCAAUUCCAUUUCCAUCUACAAGAAAACAUCAGAUCAAUGGAAAAGAUGUGUCAUUUAUGUAUUCACAAUUGGUUCGAGAUUUAUUUCUCAAUAUGGAUCUUGAAAUACCUUCAGUGCGUGACAUGAUCUUUCAUUUUUCAAUUAAAUUUGAAGGUAACAAAUGUGGAUUAGCUCUAAUUGAUGAAUUAGAUCGUGAUUACUGUUCGAUGCAAUCAAAUAUUCGGUCAGAAACUGUUUCAAAAAAUAGAUCGAUAUGGUGGUACACUCGAUGUGAUUUCGUAUACGAGGUAAUUAAUCAAGCAUUACGAAUGCAAGAUAUUGAUAUGCUUUAUAAAAUGCGAUAUUUCAUUGUUGAUAUUCAUAGACAAUUAAAAGAAUUGUAUGUAGCUCAGUCAAAAACAAAGAUAUCAUUGACUGUCUAUCGAGGUCAAGCUAUGUUAAAUGAAGAAUUUGAACAGCACAAAUCCAAUAUAAAUGGCUUACUAACAAUUAAUAAUUUUCUUUCGACAAGUACAGAUUACCUUAUAGCCAAACUUUUCGCAUCCACCAAUAAAAAUCGACCUGGCAUGCAAGCUGUUCUAUUUGAAAUUGAGCUCGAUUCAAAUAUUCACUGUCAAGAUUGUCCAUAUGCCAGUAUAGAACAAAUAAGUUAUUUUCAAACGGAAUGCGAAGUUCUCAUGUCGAUGGGAAGCAUAUUUCGCAUUAUUUCUAUGGAUAAAGAUAAUGAUGAUAUUUGGAAAAUACGUCUCAAAUUAAUCAAUAAACAAGAAGAUCACGAAUUAGAAACAAUGGCCGACAAUAUUUGGGAAAAGAUUCGAUCGUCUGAUGAUUUAUUCAGUUUAAUAAAAUUAUUACGUCUAAUGGGUGAUUUUGAAAAUGCAAAAGUAUAUAUUGAUCAAUUAUUAAAUGAAUCAUCUUUUUGGGAUGAUAUACAGAAUUUGGCUUUGCUGGUCAAUGAAGUCGGAUUAAUUUGUGAAGAAGAAGGCGAUUUUGCAACGGCAAGUGUAUAUUAUCAAAUAUUCAUGGAUAUGAAACAAAAGCGACAAUUGAUCUGUAGAAGAGAUACGAUUCUAUCGACCUUAGAACGAGCAACAUUUCAAACUAUUUCGAAAUAUAUUCAAGAUAUGAACAAUGAAAAUAAUGAAAAAUUAAUUGAAUUAAAAAAUUCUUUGAAAAAUGAAGAGAAAAGCUCUGUUCUGAAUGAGAAAAAGUUGGCCUCUUAUUGCCAACUAAUUGGCCAUAUCUAUGAGCUACAGGAAAACGACGAAGAAGCUCUUAACAUGUACCAAAAAAGUUUGAAACUGUUUGUACCUGUUAGUUCAACCGCUAUGCAAAUCUAUUCCAGUAUGGCUCUCCUAUAUGCUAAACAGAACGAUUGGUCGACAUCGAACACGUACAUAGAAAAAACAUUAAAAUAUUUAGAUUGCAAAUCCGAUAUCGAUGCAUGCGCACAGAGCUAUGAAAAAAUCGGUCUUGCAUACGAAGUUCAAGGACGAUAUGCAGAUGCUGUUCGAAUAUACGAGAAAAUCUUAUCUUUUGUUCCAGAUGAUGACAAUUAUGAUGAGAUCGUUCUCGCUAAUAUUGGUUAUAUAUACGACAAACAACAGAAUUACAUCGAUUCAUUGAAAAUCUACGAACGAUUAUUAUCUCUUCAAUUGGAUAUGCUUUAUCGUAAUCAUCACCGAUUGGCAGAUACGUAUGCGUUGAUAGCCAACUCACUCUAUGGUCAACAAAAAUAUCAAGAAGCUUAUACAAAUCUAACAAAUGCACUCAAUAUUGAUUUUAUUUCGUUGAGUGCAAAUAACCCAUGGGUAAAGAAACGUCAAGGAGAAAUCGAUUUUAUUCGACAAAAGAUAUAUGAAGCCUGA